AUGGAGGGCUACAUGAAUCAAGGUGAGUAUAGUCUCUCCUCUACAGGGGAUUUAGGUUCUUCCUCUCUGUAUGAUGGUGGUAUAUCCUUAGCGCAAGAGGAGCAUCAGCAGCACCAUCAGCAACAACAACAAGGAGGAGAAGAAGAAGGAGAAGAAGGAGAAGAAGGAGAAGAAGAAGAAGGAAAUAAAGAAAUAGAUAUAGAGGAUACAUGGACAGUAAUUAGCUCUUUCUUUGAAGGAAAAGGUUUGGUCUCCCAACAAGUUGAAAGUUUUAAUGAUUUUGCAAGUUAUAAAUUACAAGAAAUUAUUGAUGCACACCCUCCUAUAGAAAUUAGGCCUUCUCCUCAAUAUCGUCCUGAGGAGGAUGUAGAAUUAGAUGUUCGUUAUAGAUUAAAGUUUGGUCAAUUAUCCUUGAAUAGACCAGCAGCACAAGAGAAGGAAGGACUACAGAAAAAUUUAUGGCCACAAGAAGCAAGAAUGCGUAAUCUUACGUAUAGUAGUUCCUUAUUUGUAUCUAUUGAACAAACUACUUAUAAGAUUGAUCCUGUUACUAAUGAGGAGAUAGUAGAGGAGCGUCAUUCUUAUGAAAGAGUAUGCUUAGGUAGAUUACCUAUAAUGCUUAAAUCUUUUUACUGUUGGACUCAUGACAUAGCAGCAGAACAACUACCUGAUGUAGGAGAGUGUAGUUAUGAUCAAGGAGGAUACUUUAUUAUUAAUGGUAGUGAAAAAGUUUUGGUGGCACAAGAGCGCAUGGCAUCAAACUUCGUUUACGUCUUUAAGAAGGCACAGCCAUCAAAAUUCUCAUGGGUAGCAGAAGUAAGAAGUCAGAUGCAGGGUAAUCAAGCAACAAGCGGUUUUGCUGUUAAGAAAAGAACUAUGACGGGAGACACAGGAAGAGGGAAGGGGGCAGGACAAUUAGUUGCUGCUCUUCCUUAUAUACGUACAGAUAUUCCUAUUGCUAUUCUAUUCAGAGCUCUUGGGUGUGUGAGCGACUUGGACAUAUUAUUACGUGUUGCUUACGAUCCUCGUGACGAGCAACUAUGUGCCUUAUUGAAGCCUUCGUUAGAGGAAGGAUUUGAAUUUCAUACCCAAGAGGCGUGCUUAGAUUUUAUAGGGAAGAGAGGGCCAACAGUAGGGGCACAAAGGGAGAGUCGUCUCCAAUAUGCAAGAGAAUUAUUAAGAAAAGAAGUACUUCCUCAUGUAGGAACAGAGGCAGGAUGUGAAGGAAAAAAAGCAUAUUUUGUUGGUUAUAUGGUACAUAGACUACUACUUGCUGAAUUAGGUAGAAUUAAUCAAGAUGACAGAGACCAUUUCGGCAAAAAAAGAUUAGACCUUAGUGGUCCAUUAAUGGCUGCCUCCUUUGGUACAUUAUUUCGUAAAUUAGUUAAGGAUGUAACACGUAUACUACAGAGGCAAAUAGAUCAUGGUAAAACAUUUGAUGUUGCUGGUGCAGUAAGAAGUGCUAGUCCUAUUACACAAGGAUUACAAUAUCAAUUAGCAACAGGUAAUUGGGGUCGUGAUAAAGAAGGAAAAGUUGUACGUACUGGUGUAUCUCAAGUAUUAAAUCGUCUUACUUUUUCUUCUGCACUUUCUCAUCUAAGACGUCUUAAUACUCCUCUAGGUAGAGAAGGAAAAAUGGCUAAACCUAGACAAUUACAUAAUACACAUUGGGGUAUGAUCUGUCCAGCAGAAACACCAGAAGGACAGGCUGUAGGACUCGUCAAGAAUCUUGCACUUAUGGCCAAAAUCUCUGUUGGUGCACCCACCAAAAAUAUACGCGAUUUCUUAGAGGUAAUCAUCAACUAG